GGUUUUAUUGGAUUCGCGCCUCAAAUCUAUGAAAUGGUGUCCACCUCUGAGAUCAAUGACUUGGAUGACGACCAACUCUUUUACACAAAGAUAUAUAUCGACCGUAACUUAAGAAUGAAAUUGGAUAUAAAGUUGGAUCAGAGGGCACACCUGUUCCAGAAUUUGAACGGAGCUGUCGGUGACGUCGAGAUUAAGUUUUCUGCCGAAGACUCGUACGUUAAUAACAAUGCCUUCCAAACCAAUCCGUUGGUAAUCCAUGGCAAUGGCGGCAGCAAAGUUGUGCUCAACUCUUUGGGCAACUAUUUGGCGAAGUCAUGGCAUCCCAAAUACGGCUGCCUUUCUUGCGAUGAAAAUAAGACCACUUUAGAGAAUAUUCCUGACUCUCAACUGCCACUCGUAUUGAUUGGAGUGUUUGUCACUCACAAGACUCCGUUUUUCCCGGAAUUCCUACAAUAUAUCGUUGAACUGGAAUACCAGAGAAAACGAAUUCAUUUAUUUAUAUAUAAUAGCGUUUCCUAUCAUUCGAAAGACAUUCAAAAUUUCAUCGAUCAGUACAGAGAUAGCUAUCGAGGGAUUACUGUUUAUGGAUCCGAC